CUACUAGUACACCAGACGACAACACACACACAAAAAAAAAAAAGAAGAGAAAAACCGAACGAAAAUCCCCUCGCGCAGACGACUACUACAUCCUUCUCGUCUCAUCCCGUCGACCCGCCGCCGCCUCAAUCUCGAAGCCUCGGCGAGGCUAGGGUUUCUGCGUCUCCAUGGGCUCUAAGAAGCGGUCGCCUCAGCAUCCGGCCGCCGCGGCGCCCCCUCCCGCCGUCGGCGGCGGCGGCGGCGGCGAGGUCUCCGGCGAUGGUGGCGCCUCGACGGCGAACGGGCCGGUGGUGCCGAAGCCGUCGGAGGUGGCGCCGUUCCUGACGAAGGUGUACGACAUGGUCUCGGACCCCGCGACCGACAACGUUAUCUCGUGGGCCGAGGGCGGCGGCAGCUUCGUGAUCUGGGACUCGCACGCCUUCGAGCGCGACCUCCACAGGCACUUCAAGCACAGCAAUUUCACCAGCUUCAUACGCCAGCUCAACACCUAUGGAUUUCGUAAAGUUCACCCUGAUAGAUGGGAGUGGGCCAAUGAAGGUUUUAUUAUGGGCCAAAAACAUCUUCUGAAGACCAUUAAGAGGAGGAAGAAGUCUUCUCAGGAAUCACCUAGCGAGAUACAGAAGGCGCCUGUCAAAACUGCACCUGGUACUGAAAAUAUUGAGAUAGGAAAAUAUGGUGGCCUUGAAAAGGAGGUUGAAACCCUUAAGAGGGAUAAAGCUCUUCUCAUGCAGCAGCUUGUAGAUCUCAGGCACUACCAGCAAACAUCUAACCUUGAAGUGCAGAAUUUAAUUGAACGGCUUCAAGUAAUGGAACAGAACCAGCAGCAGAUGAUGGCACUUCUAGCAAUCGUUGUCCAGAAUCCUAGUUUUCUCAACCAGCUUGUGCAGCAACAGCAGCAGCAGCGCAGAUCCAACUGGUGGAGUCCUGAUGGAAGCAAGAAAAGGAGAUUUCAUGCUCUUGAGCAGGGCCCUGUAACUGAUCAGGAGACCUCUGGCCGUGGGGCACAUAUUGUUGAAUAUCUCCCACCUGUCCCAGAAACAUCAGGUCAAGUAAAUCCAGUGGAAGGAGCCAUUUGUUCGGCCAACUCACAACCAGUUCCAAGUCCUGCAGUUGCCACACCCAUGGACAUGCAAACGUCUAACGUUGCUGAUACUCUCGGUUCAUCUGAGGAGCCUUUCGCUGAUAACUCUACUCUACAUGAAUGGGAUGAUAACGACAUGCAGCUUCUGUUUGAUGAUAACCUAGACCCAAUACUUCCACCAUUUGAGAAUGAUGGUCAAAUGGGCCCUCCUUUGAGUGUUCAAGAUUAUGAUUUUCCGCAGUUAGAGCAGGAUUGUCUGAUGGAAGCACAAUAUAACUCCAACAAUCCUCAAUAUGCUGAUGUCAUUACCGAAGCUUGAUUGGUGGUCCAGGAGCAUACUUGCAGUAACAUUAGUUCUUCGGUGACCAACCUCCGGGCGCAUCUGCACCAUUGGCAUCCCGAAAUGGCGUCCUCAGGGUGUACCGAUGAAUUAUGCUAACACAGAAGAAGAUAUAACUCUAAUCUGGUUGACCAUACAGAACUACCUUUCUUGUUCAAGGCACUUUUUGGGGACAGGGGACGCCUUUUCGCAGUUCUCGUCGUCUUACACUAGCGAUGGUUGCUACCAUCGAAUUCAUUUGGUGUAUAUACUGUUGUUCGUCUUAUAAAACAUGAGCAGUUUUGUACAUUUACCUUGCGUAUCAUGAUCGCAGCUGUGUACCUCUGCAUUGCAUUA